AUGUGGAGGGGGGAAUCUAUUAUCACUGUCUUGAUUGAUCGCCUGCUAGAGAAGACCGGUAUCAAUGAUACUGAUGCCCAUGGCUGUACGGCGAUGCACUAUCUCAUCAAGCGCAUGGAUCAGAUUGAUGCUAUUCGCUAUCUGCUCAAAUUGGGAGCGGAUGUUAACGUGAUGAAUCACAAGGGAAAUAUGCCCCUUCACGAGAUGAUGAAAGGGACAAUGAUGUCAAAGGUGGAUGAAAAUGGAGUGCGUGAUCCCUCUCAGUCCUGGGAUAGUCCUUACAGCAGACGGGAGGAGUUGGUUAAAAUCCUGGUGGACGAGGUAGAGGAAAAAAAAAUCCAAUGA